AUGUUUCAGGAAAAAAACUCACCAAAAUCAAUCAAAGGAACAUUGGCGAUCAACAACUUGUGCGCUUCCUCACAGUUCGGAUGCUCAUCCUUUCUUCUGCAUAACCAUCGGAAGAAUGAGGACAAAUGCCGCCAUAACCAGUACCAUAUCAGUAACGGUAAUCGCAGCAAGCGCUUCAUUAGCCACUUGUGGAACGAAUUAUCCAGAGAAUUGCAUGAGACGUGGCAUGAUGUUGCUGCGUUGCCGAUGGGAUAUUAUUCAGCGAUGAAUCGUCGACGACAAAGUGACGAAACAGAAGACGCACAACGCCGCAACCAGUUCUUUCCACAAAUAUUGAUCGAAAUAGUUCGUGGAUUUGAUGAAAAAGUGUCUCGUACGAGGAAGGUGUCGGAUCAGGAUCGGAUCGAACGAAGAAGCAGCGGUACGGUCGACUGUUCAAAGGUGGUGGCUAGUUGUCGUGGUGGUGCAUGA